AAUUUAUCCCGUGUUUUGAAUGCCACAGACCUUUCGAAUGCCACUUUGAGUUUUACUGGAGGAUGAGCACACAAAAAUGAUCUCAGACAGACUUCCAGAAGAAAAAGAGUGUCCGUAUUAGAGAUAAAUGAAAAGUGUAAAAAGUCAUAUGUAAAAUGUCCACAGUAUAUUAUAUUGGCACAUAUCCUAGCACCGAAUGGAGUAAAAUUUAUGACAUUAGCUGGAUGCUGUUACACAGAGUGCAGACAGAAAGUACAGCCAUCACAGAGCCCGCAGCUUAAGGGAAUGCGACUGGAAUCACUGGAGAAGAAAAAUUGGUCUGGAAAGAAAUAACAGACAGGCCAGUGGUCCAAUCCCCUGUCCACGUGAUUUUGCUGGUUCUAAUGCAUUUGGAUUGCCAUGUGCAUAACGUCCUAUUAUGGCAUAGUGCCUGUGAAUGCCCUACCUGAAAACAGUGAUGUUAUCUCCAUGAAUCCAUCUUUUUCCUUUCAAAACUGUGAAUAAGAUGGAUGAUUUUAGAGUUCUACCCAAAUCAGACAGACUCAAUAUAAUGACUUUGGAUAAAAUCAGAAAGCAGAAGAGGAACAGUAACACUGACUGAGAAACUUCUUUUGUUUGCAUCAGGAGGCCCAAGGACACUAUGUCCAUUUCCAACAUCACAGUCUACAUGCCCUCUGUGUUGACACUAAUAGGGAUCCCAGGCCUAGAAUCUGUGCAGUGCUGGAUUGGGAUUCCAUUCUGUGCCAUUUAUCUCGUUGCUAUGAUUGGAAAUUCCCUGCUUCUGAUCAUCAUCAAAUCUGAGGGCAGUCUCCAUGAGCCCUUGUACAUUUUCUUAGGCAUGCUAGGAGCUACAGAUAUUGCACUUGCUAGCAGCAUUAUGCCCAAGAUGCUUGGAAUAUUCUGGUUUAAUAUGCCUGAAAUCUAUUUUGAUUCCUGCUUGCUUCAAAUGUGGUUCAUCCACACAUUUCAGUGCAUAGAGUCAGGCAUCCUGAUGGCCAUGGCCCUGGAUCGUUAUGUGGCCAUCUGUUAUCCACUAAGACAUGCCAUCAUCUUCACCCACCAGCUUGUCAUUCAGAUAGGAACUGUGGUCAUACUCAGGGCUGCUAUUCUUGUAGCCCCAUGCCUAGUACUGAUAAAGUGCCGGUUUCAAUUGUACCACACAACAGUCAUCCUCCACUCCUACUGUGAGCAUAUGGCCAUUGUGAAACUAGCCGCAGCAAAUGUUCAAGUCAACAAAAUCUAUGGUUUGUUUGUGGCCUUCACUGUUGCAGGAUUUGACCUCACAUUCAUCACAUUGUCCUACAUCCAGAUAUUUAUCACAGUGUUUCAUUUGCCCCAGAAGGAGGCUAGGUUUAAAGCAUUCAAUACCUGCAUUGCUCACAUCUGUGUCUUCCUCCAGUUCUACCUCCUUGCCUUCUUCUCCUUCUUCACGCAUAGGUUUGGGUCUCACAUCCCCCCUUAUAUCCAUAUUCUCUUUUCUAGCAUUUACUUGCUGGUCCCUCCAUUUCUCAAUCCACUUGUCUAUGGUGCAAAGACCACGCAGAUUCGCAUUCAUGUGGUAAAAAUGUUCUGUUCAUAAAAUCCACCUUAAUUAAUGCCCACAUGCUUCCUUCUUUUGCAAUAGCAACCAUAUCAAAACAAAACAACAAUAUGUAUUAUUUGAGAUGCUUGGUUUGUGAAAUCUGCCAGCAUAAUAGCUGGUUUUAGAUCAUCAUAGCAUAUCAAUCAAUGGGGUUGUAAAUUCUACCUGACUAAUGAAAUUGAGAAGUGUGAAGAGUAAAGUAGUGAAUACAUACUGUUUGUUUUUUCUCUUUUAUUCUUUAGCCCCUGGUUGAGUUAUUCCUCUAAGAAUAUUUCUCAAGGAGGAUUUAUAAAUUAUGCCUUUGUCACUGAAUUUAAAUGCACCUAAGUCUCGUUGUUCUGAAACGUCCAGGUACUCAAUGAAAGCAAGUUGUUGACUUUCAUUUUCUCCAUUAUCCUUGCCUUAAAAAAAGAAAAAAAUCAAAGGAAGUACAUGUUAAUGGUGUUCUUAUCAAAGAAAACCUUAUGAAUAUCAAGAGACAAUAAAGCCUAAAAUUUUAAAUACAUUUUCAGAGUCAUGCAGGGAAUUACAGGCACAAAAAUUAGAACCAGUUGUUGCAUUUGACACAUCAAUGUUUUUUGUUGUUGUUGUUGUUGUUGUUUUUUUGCUAAAUCCAAAAUUUACUUCUUUAUUAAUUCAUUGUUUUAUCAAAAACCUACAAUAUUAUAAAUACUAUACUACAGAAUUGUGACAUAAUAGUAAAUUUGGUACAGUGAGUAAUUCUCAUGAGUUUGUACCUAUGUAAUUCUGGAAAAGAGAGACUGAAAGGAAAAGAGGUGGGGGAUGGGCCGGCAGGGGAAAGAAGGAAGAAAUAACAAGUGUACACAUGGGAUGUGGAAUUCAGAGAGAAUGAAGCAUUGAAAUCUAACUAAAGCAGAAGAGUUGCAUUUACUGUAUUUUGUUUUUUGGUUAGGCAGUUGCCUCUGAUUCCUGAGGAAAGAUGAAUGAGUGGCCAAGGUAGAUAGAAGAGCAGAUUUAAACUAGAUAAUGUAGUUUAAGGUAACUCUAGUUUUUUCAAUAUGGUAUGAGUACAAGGUAGAACUUGGGGAGACAAGGAAAAUACAAAUAUCAAAAAUGGCUAUUAAUGCUGUGAGAGUUACUAGACUUUAUUCCAAAAGCUAUAAUGUGCCAUUGGAGAGUGUUUAUUUGUUUGCUUGUGUUCUACAAGUAAGACACGUGUGUGUGUGUGUGUGUCUGCUUGGGCAUGUGACAGCAUACCACACAGCAAAUAUAAAUAAGUCCAGGGCUAUUGUGUUAGCGAAGAGGAGGAAUAUAUUGUCUAAAAUUAGUGGCAUAAGAACUUAUGGCUACUUAAUUGUUCUUGAAAAACCUCAGGUCAUAGAUCAUUUUUCUCAAGGUUAUGGAAAAUAUUCACAUAUAUGCAGAUGUCCAUACUUUGAUUUACCAGAUUAAAGCCACUGCAAAUAUAAGAAAUAUUAGAUUGUUUGUCAUACACCUACCUGGUGGAUCCUCUGGCUUCAGGGAUUAGGACUUAGCAGAUAUCCAUGGCUGCUGAGAAUGAUUAUAGAGGCUAUCUUAAGGGAUCUUUUGAGACUGUUUCAAGUUUCAAUAUUUACUAGAACUAAUUUUAUUGGAUUACCAAUAGGGAUGGUUUUUCUUAAAUAACAUAAUUUUCUCAAAAAUAAAAUAGCCUCUGAUGUUAUUUCUUAAUAUUUUAGCCAGAAUUCAGCAAACUUUUAAAUAAAUGGCCAAAUAAUAUAUAGCUUAGGCUUUAUGGAAAAAGAGGCAAAUUCAAGAAUAUCACGUAGGCAUUAAUAUAACAAGACAGAAAAAUGUAUGUCCACAAAUAAUUUUUAUGAAAUUCAAACAAUAUUAACAACAAUAAGAAUUGCAUUGUCUUUAAUUAAAGGUCUACUAAUUAAAAUAAUAGAAUCCAUUUUCUUUUUCUACAAAGUGUAGCUGAAAGUUAGAGUUUCCCUAUCACCAAAUUGAUUACAAAUGUUCAUCUGUGAAAAUCAUUCUUAACUAGUGGGCUAUAGAAAAACAGGAAGCAGGCCAGGUUUGGGAUGUUAAACAAUUACGACUUUUAGCAGCACCACAGAAAAUAUGUGGUAAUAUAGGACCAACAAAGAGAAUAAUGUGAAACUACAACAUAUUUGCACCAUUUCCGAAUUUUAAUAUCUCAUAAAAUAUGUAGUCCAGAGUUCAUAUUGUUUAAUUACUAUAGUCUUCAAAUUUCAGGAUCAGUCCCAAGUUGAGACUUACUGAUAGAAAAUAGAAAAAACAAAUGGGUCAUUACAAGGAAAAGAGGAUAACCAGGACCCUCUACCCUCUUACACACUUCGACAGGGACAAUUAUUGAAAACAUUCUUAAACAUAAAAUCGCUUGAAAGAUAAUAAUAUUUUUUGUAAGGAUAGUUUUCAAGAAAGAUUUCUAGAAAUCACAAAAUUAACUUCCAGGAGAUUACAUCAAUUUGAACAAUGACUAAAAUAAUGUUUGUCUAAAUUUCCAACAACACUAGUUAUUACUGACAUUUAUCUUUGACAGUUUGAUAGGUAAAAUAUGAUUCCCUUUAUAAUUAUCAUUUAACAAAGAAAUAUUUGUGCUGCUAUCUUCUUUUCCAUUUGUAUAUUAUGUGAAGUACUUCACUGUUUCCUUUGUUCAUUUUUCUAAUUUGUGUCCAUUUAUUUUCUUCUUGAGUUUAAAAUUUGAUGAGUAAAUAUUGAAUUAUUUCCAAGGGUUUUAUUGCUCAGGACUUUACCCGAGGAUUUCCAAUAGGCUAUUGGCAUUUUCUCAUAGAAGUGACUUCAGGCAUAAAGAAGAAAAGAAAAGGAAAAGUAAAAAGUCUUAAUAUUGGAGAUAUUUGACCUAUUAGGAGCAGAACACUUAUUGGAAAAAAAAAAAAUGCUUUCAGGCAGGGCGUGGUGGCUCACGCCUGUAAUUCCAGCACUUUGGGAGGCUGAGGUGGGUGGAUCAUGAGGUCAGGAGUUCAAGACCAGCCUGGUCAAGAAGGUGAAACCCCGUCUCUACCAAAAACACAAGAAAUUAGACCGGGGCAGUGGCAGGCGCCUAUAAUCCCAGCUACUCAGGAGACUGAGGCAGGAGAAUCACUUGAACUCAGAGUGUGGAGCUUGCAGUGAGCCGAGAUCGUGCCACUGCACUCCAGCCUGGGCAAUAUAGUAAGACUCUGUCCCCCCAAAAAAGAAUUGCUUUCAGGAACUGACCCUUCUAGCUUUUUGCACCCCUUCAUUUAAAUGUUCAAUUUGGGAAAAAUAACUUGCAACAUUUGGCUCAUUUCCACCCUUCUUGGUAGAGAACUGUCCUUUGGCAACAAGCCUUUUAUGUUGAUACUCCUAAGUAGUCUCCAUUGCAAUGUGAGAAUACAACAGUAUUACCCUCAAUUUAUUGUUAAAUUUAUGACCUUUUGAGAUUUGGUUAGCAGGCCUAUUUGACUUUAAUACUAAGCUGUAUGCCUGUAUUUAUACAGUAUUAAAAAUGCAGGUGAUUCCCAGCUACUCGAGAGGCCUAAGGCAGGAGAAUUGCUUGAACCCGGGAGGUGGCAGUUGCAGUGAACCGAGAUGGCUCCACUGCACUCUAGCCUGGGUGACAAAGUGAGACUCCAUCUCCAAAAAAAAAAAAAAAAAAAAAAAAAAGUGAUAUCCUACCACAUCUAUUUAUAAUUUCUAAAAUUGCUCAGAAUUUGUAUUAAUAAGGGUUCUUCAGGGUAAAAAACCAAUAGGUUAUGCAUACAUGUAUGUAUAUACACAUAUAUGCAGAUAGGUAUACAUAUACAUAUAUAUCUGUAUCUAUGUAUCUAUAUGAGAUAGAUUAAUUUUAAGAACCUGACUCAUACAGUUAUGAAGGCUGGCAAAUCCAAAAUCUGCAAGCAGAGCCAAUAGGCCGGAGACUCAGGGAAGAGCCAGUGUUGUAAUUUAAGUCCAAAGGCAGUCUCCUGGUAGAAUUCUUUCCUGAUUGGUGCAAGUCAGUCUUUUGUUCUAUCCAGGCCUUCAACUGCUUGGAAGGCACAUUAUAAAGGACAAUAUACUUUACUCAAAAUUUAUUAAUUUAAAUGCCAGUCUCAUCCAGAAAUACCCACACAGAAACAUCCAGAAUAAUAUCUGACCAGAAUCUGGGCACUGUGCCCCAGUGAAAUUGACACCUUCAACUAUUCAGAAUAAAAAAAUCCAAGGCAGAGAGCAGGUAACUACAGCACCUCUCGACGUCAGAGACUCAACAUCAUGGUUUACAAGUUACUAAAGAAAGAACACUGGGACAAAAUAAAGCUUGUAGGAAUUCAUCCACCUUCAACCACUGAUGUGCUAAUCUCAGUAUUUUAAAGAUAUCAAUUCUCUUUAAAUUUAAUCUAGAAAUGUAGAGUAAUCUCAAGCAGAAGGCUAUCAAACUUUUCUGGCAUAAGUGCAAAUGCUUAAAAAAAAGAUAUUCAAUUCAAGAAGUGAAAGCUAAGAGUGAAAUGUAUGAUAGAGUUCUGAUAAAUAACUCUGCCCUAUAUUCUAAGAUUCAGUGUCUUUUAGAUGAUGACUCUCUAAAGAGUCGAGGACGGGAACAGAAGACAGUAACUGUUGUCCCUUCCAUGCAAGGUCUGAGACUAACAUACACAAU